CCAACCAAGACACAGAACGUACAAAAGAAAAAGCAGCCAGUAGCCUCAAUCCAAAACUCUCCAAACAAAAACCCUGGAUGGUGGUCCCUACAGAUGAUCAAAGUGAAGAAGAAGUGAAGGGUACAAUCCUUGCAAUAAAGCAGGAGUGGAAGAAGACGAGAAAGGACCAUGGCAACAUAAAAGAAAUGAUGAACCGAACCUAYGCAAAAAGAAGAGAGAUGGUUCCCAUUGAGCAACAGCCUCUCAAAGAAAUUGUUAACAUGUUCCCACCUGUCCAGAGUAUGCUCUAUAUUAAAGCUGACUUUGCAAGAGUAAUGGGAAAUCCAGACCUGACGACCCAGAUGAAGAGCAGCUUCAAAGAUGUUUGGAGCUGCCGGACGUUAAGCUAUGCCAAAAAGAAYAGCAAACAUGAAAAAAUAUUUUUGGAAAUGACUGCUGUCAUURACAGUGGAUGCCAAGAAGAAGAAUUCAAAGAAAGAUCAGCCUUGAAGUUGGCCUCAAUGAUCUUGAGGCCUCCAAAUAGAAAAGGAAUCCAAAACAAGGAUCAUGAAGAGGCUGUGAUCAAGGUCAUUCCA